UUGUUUAGGGGGAAGAUAAGAUCCUAAUUGGGAGAGAUGAAAGGAGGUGAGAAAGGCUUUGAGCUAUAUCUUGAAGAAGGCUAGAAGAGAUAGGUGAGGAGGGAGAGCACAUUUUUGGUGCAACCAAUGAAAAGCCAUGGAAUUGGGGGGUAAAAUAUUUAUUGUCAUUGGAUUAUAGAAUAUAAAGAGUGUAAAAAUGGGACAGCUAGGUGUUGCAGUGGAUAAAGUACCAGUCCUGAAGUCAGGAGGACCUGAGUUCAAAUGUGGCCUGAGACACUUAACACUUCUUAGCUGUGUGACCCUGGGUAAGUCACUUAACCUCAACUACCUCAGCAAAAAAAAGAGAGAGAGUGUAUGUUAAAAUACUUGGAAAGGGCCAAAGCAUAAAGAAUUUAAAAACCAAACAGGAUUUUGUAUUUGAUCCUGGAGGAAGCAGUGAGCCACUGACUUAAUGAAUAAGGGAAGUAACAUUUUUAGAUGAUGAUUGCUUUGGCAGCCAAGGGAAGGAUUGGGCUGGAGAUUUGAAGUAGGGAAACCCACCACCAUCAGGUUAUUGCAAUAAUACAUUUGUGAGGUAAUAAAGGCAUGUCCUAGAACGGUGACCAUGUGAGUGGAGGAGAUGAAUAUGUAGAUAGAUGUAUUAUAUGAGAAAUGUUAUAAAGGUAGAAACAGCAGAAUUUGUGACAGAUUGGAUAUGUAUGGCAAGAGUGAAUGAGAUAUCUAAGCUAUAGACCUUUUGUAUGGGGGUAUUUACUGCUUUAUGUGUCAGGAUUACAUAUACGACAAAGACAUGGAACAAAUUGCCAAAGAAGAACAACGGAAAGCUUGGAAAUUACAAGCCUUCACCCCAACAGUGAUUUCUCACUACCAGUGUACAAUGACAGGCAUUGGAGAGAAGUAUUCAACUUGGGAGCCAACCAAACGGGAGCUAGAACUGCUUCGACAUAAUCCGAAGAGGAGAAAAAUAACCACAAAUUGUACUAUAGGUCUACGAGGGCUAAUCAAUCUUGGGAACACAUGUUUUAUGAACUGUAUUGUCCAAGCACUUACCCACACUCCACUACUGCGAGAUUUCUUCCUUUCUGACAGGCACAAAUGUGAAAUGCAAAGUCCCAGCUCAUGUCUGGUUUGUGAAAUGUCUACGCUUUUUCAGGAGUUUUACUCUGGGCACCGAUCUCCUCACAUUCCAUAUAGGUUAUUGCACCUGGUAUGGACGCAUGCACGACAUUUAGCAGGGUACGAGCAACAGGAUGCACACGAGUUCCUCAUUGCUGCAUUAGAUGUGCUACACAGACACUGCAAAGGUGACGAUAAUGGGAAGAAAGCCAACAACCCCAAUCACUGUAAUUGCAUCAUCGACCAAAUUUUCACAGGCGGACUGCAGUCAGACGUCACCUGUCAAGUCUGCCAUGGUGUUUCUACAACAAUAGACCCUUUCUGGGACAUCAGUUUAGACUUGCCUGGUUCUUCAACUCCAUUCUGGCCACUUAGUCCAGGGAGUGAUGGCAGCGUGGUAAAUGGGGAAAGCCAUGUAUCCGGAACCACCACACUCACAGACUGCUUGCGAAGGUUUACAAGGCCAGAGCACUUAGGAAGCAGUGCCAAAAUCAAAUGUAGUGGUUGCCAUAGCUACCAGGAAUCUACCAAACAACUCACUAUGAAGAAAUUACCCAUUGUGGCCUGUUUUCAUCUCAAACGGUUUGAACACUCAGCCAAACUGAGGCGAAAGAUCACUACGUAUGUCUCCUUCCCUUUGGAGCUGGACAUGACACCAUUUAUGGCCUCCAGUAAAGAGAGCAGAAUGAAUGGACAGUAUCAACAGCCAACGGAUAGUCUAAACAAUGAUAAUAAGUAUUCCUUGUUUGCAGUAGUUAAUCACCAAGGAACCUUGGAGAGUGGGCACUAUACCAGCUUCAUUCGGCAACACAAGGACCAGUGGUUCAAAUGUGAUGAUGCCAUCAUCACUAAAGCUAGCAUUAAGGAUGUUCUAGACAGUGAAGGGUACUUACUGUUCUAUCACAAACAAUUCCUGGAGUAUGAGUAGCCUUAUCCAAAAGUUCUCCAGAAAAGUGAAAGGAAUUCAGCAAGCCUUUGGCAAUGACAUGCAGACCUACCUGAAAUGAAAAAAAUUAAGCCCAUACAACAACAACAACAAGCAACAACAAGCACUGAGCUGUGUACUAGGACCUACUUGAUUACCGCUCAUGGGCCUGUCGGAAGAAAAAAUGAACAAUAUCCGACAUCCACAUGGUCUUGAAUGAACAGAAAGGGGGGGAGGGGGAAGAGGCUAAAGUCAAGUCUCAUAAAGAGGAAAACAAAAUAAAAGGAAUGUUCUGGGUGGGGGAAAUGGGAGCAGAGGAGUUCUGACACUGGUACAUCUCCAAUGUUCCUUAAAAAAAAAAUAAAAAUAAAAAGGUGGGAAGGCGGGGAUAUACCCUCAUCUCCAUUAAGCAUCUUCUCCAUUGGUGCUUCAGCUCCAACUGACCAAUCAUAUAACAGUUAUAAGUUUAAAAAAAAAGGUUUAAAAAAUCCAAACCCAUUUUUUUUUAAUGCAUAUGAGUCUGAAAGCAGUAAAGUGGAGGAGACAGGGAUGACACAACAAAAAAAGGACUUUGCAAGUAUCUUUUUAUUUGUGAAUUUUAGUUAUUAAAUAAAUACAGUAUGAAACUAUUAGGCUCUGUUUUUUCAACAAUCAUAAAGGAGAACCCGGCUUGAGGAACGGAAGCCUCAGUACUGACACAAGUUUCCAAGCAUGUCUGCUCCCCAGGUAACCUGGCCCUGGACUGUUGGCCAAAGCAUCAGCACAGAGCCUACUAUGAGCCCUCUUUUUAGUUUUGUUUUCUAAAAAUUGGUGUUUUCUUAUUUUCCUUUUAUUCUUGUGUUUUUUUUUUUCAUGGUGAUGAAUUUCACAAAUGCCAUUAUCAGCAAGGUGAAAGAAUUGGCAUGUUUGUGCUUGUAAAAGUGGUCUUGAAUUCUUUUCCUUUUUAAACUUGUGACCAAGUCUUGAUUUUUAAGAGUUGCUCCUUUUGUUGCUUCUCCUCUUCUUCCACUCCCUCUUUCCUUUCCUCUCCCUCCCUCCCUCCCCCAAGAUGUGCAGUAUUUUAGAAAACUGGGCUUGGAGGGUCUGCCAUCUGUCUGCUGCUGGUGCCUGGUGGGGGUGUGCAGACAAUUAGCUCUUGCCUCUGUUGAACUUCCCACAUUACACCCGCCUGUUAAGGAAACCCAGCUCUUUCCUUGUUUAUGCUGUGUUUUAUUGACCUUCCCUCCCCCCCCCCCCUCCUGUCACUGCUUAGCAGCUGGUGAGCUGGUUCCCCUGUUUUGUCACAAGCGCAUUUCUUGUUAUGGCCCUCUGCCCUUGUAGACACUGGCUGUAACUCUCCAUGCUUGUUUCCCAGGAGUUGGUGCCAUAGACCUAAUUGCAGUCCCAGAGGCACAGAGAUAUUCUUCACUUUGUGCCUCUUGAGAGUUCAGAGCAAAGAACCAGUUGGGCUUUGCCCUUCUCUUCCCACUGAAUAUUUACCAAUCUCUUCUGUCCUGUCCUGUAAGCCAGUGUCUAGACCUGGAUUGCACCUAAUAGGUUAUGUGCCUCUAUGUACAUAGUUUCCCUAUGUUGGAAAACUAUGACUUUCAGGGAGAGCGGAAGGUUGGGAAAGAAGGUGGUUGGGCAGUAAAAGCUAAACAAGGAAAUUGAAAAAAGAGGUUUCUUGUGAUCCGGGUAGCUUGCAUGUACCUACCUGUUCAAGCCCAGGCCUGGAAUGUGUUUGUCUCUUUUUGUGAAACUCCUACGUUUACAUCCUAGUGAUUGGGGGAGGGGGAAAUUGUCUUAAAUGUUCAGUUUCUUAAAUGAACAUCCCCUCAAGCUGCAUUCAAUACUGGGAAUCCUAGUCUACCUCCAAACAGUCAGGCUUGCAAACCUGGAGCUGAAUAGAAGUAGGAGUUUAAUACAGCGGCCGAAGGUCCAAGAAGCGAGAAGACGCUUUGACACGACAGUUAUCCACUAAUAAAAAUGGCAGCCGCAGGGUGAAGGCCGACUGGCAAACUUCCUUAGUGAUUAGCAGCAGAUUUCAGAGACUGACCCAGCGCGUUCGCUCUGGCCUCCCUCUUGCAGCCUGCCUGCCUGCCUGCCGGGGACCAUCCCAGAUUCUAACUGACGUCCCCAGCAGGGCGAGCUUCCAACACUUGGGAGAGAACGCUUUUAAGGGCGGCACUCCCUUCUGCGCCUCCCCUCCCCCCGCUGCCUUUUAAUUAAUAAUGCAACAGGUCUGCAGUGAAGGACUGGCUUGGCUCCUUCCCCAGCCCUUGCGGAGGAGGCUGGAAAGCGCGCCCUCUUGUGGCUGAUGCUGAGUCCGCAUGCAAGGCAAACAAAGCAAAUCAUUUAUUUGCUCUCUGUACUUUUCUGGCUGUUUUUGGUUUGGGAGUUUUUUGUGUUUUUAAUUUUAGUUUCCAAGCUGGGCGAGUUCUUGCUUGAUUUCACCCCAGUAUCUUGCUUGUGCCGUUCUGUAAUUGCCGCUCCCAAGUAGCCGGAGUUGUGUGGAAGGUGGGGCCGGUCUCCCCCUUUACCUUGCCCAAAUUUGCCACCCCUUGCUUCAUCCGCUUUCCUUGCUUGUUCCUUCCUUCCUCCUUUCCAUGUGUGCAGGCAGAAGGAACAUCAUCUGCACCCAAAACUUAAGGCAGAGUUGAUGAGAGCCAAUGAAUCUGCACUGGGGGUUUUUAGGACGUUGAUUUUUUUUUUUUAAGGUUUUUUUUUUUUUUUUUUUUUUUGGAUCCAGAUUAAAUUUCCUUGUUCCGAUUGUCACCUGCUCUUGACAUUGUUCUUGCAAGCACUUUGAUAGAUGGAUUGAAAAGUUUUCAGUUUUUGCUGAAGCAUCUGUAACUACCUACCUCUAUAUCUGCUGCUGCUGAAAAUCCCUCCUCUGUAAUUUUGGUGACAUUAGGCAGUGGGGUAUGACAGUGCACUGGCAAAGCUGCCUUCCUGGUCCUGACAAAGUGCAAGAACGCUGGGACCUCCAAACUCCUGCUGCAGCUGUCGGUGCCUUUGCCCGUGAUCCGGCAGUGGAACCUGACUUUAUUGUGCUGACUUGAAUUCAAAACCGAAAUCAAAUAUACCUACUGCAGUGUUGGGAGCUUCCUCCUCUUAGUCCCCAGUCCAGCUGUCAAAAAGUGGAAGGACUGUUUCCCUACCUCCUGGUAACUACACCCCUCUGUAUGUGUUCAGACUUCUGCAAAGUGCAUCAUAUCACCAGGUAACUGAUCAGCUGUGGCACCCUGAUGCGUUGAGAAAAAUAGAUCGUUGAGAAGUGUGUGUUUCUGGAGAUGUUCUUGCCAUUAUUUUCAACAACUUACUGAAGAAAAAAGAAAAAGUGGAUUUUUUUUUCCCCUUCAAAUGUCUGAACUGUGUGCUUUGAGGCAGCCACAGCAAGGGGAUGGGAGAAAGAAAUAUUGGGCAGUUGCCCAGAGAAGUGACCCAACUGCAUAAAAUAGUUAAGUCGUCCCACGCUGAUCUGGUUUCCUUAGGACAGAAGAUUGGUAACUUUCCAAGUUUCAGUGGCUGGUCUGGGACUGGUCUGUUUCCUCCGCUUGGCUCUCACAAGAGCUGUCAUUGGAUCAUCCCUUGCAGCAGCAACCUUGGGGUACUGGUGUAUAUUGAUGCACUUGCUCAAACUUUCCUGAGUGCUAUUGUAUUGAAAUUUGGUGUGUGUGGGUGGGUGGGUGGGUGCUCUUUUCGUUGUACAAAGACUGUUCUUUUGAAAAUUCAGGUAACGGUUUUGUUCAUUUUGAAAGAAAACUGUUUGAAUGAAAUUCCCGUGGGUGGGGGAGGUGGGAAUUUUAUUACCAAGAUGUUUACACCUUCCAUUGCCUAUCAUUUCAUUUCAUUUCAUUUGAGGAGCUCCUCAACUCCUGCCCUGAUGGCUUGUAGUCCUUCAGAUUCCCAUAAUAAAGCCUACAUUCUAUUCUG